CCCGAGCCCCUGCCGGGAUGAGGAGGGGGGCGAGGAGGUGCCUGAAGCAGGAGCACGGGAGGUUCGCGGACAGACCGAAAGUAAAAGCGUCCCAGGAGGGGGCUGGGGAGCAGGAAGGGGACGUGAAGGAGGCGCGCAGCCCAAGCACAGCAGCAGAUCCAGGGGAGCUGCGGGGCAGCGUGCCCACGGGUGAUGCCUGUGACCCAGCUCUGGCAUCACCCUUCCUGCACUGACACUGCGGCAGAGCACGAUGGCGAGCGGCUCCUGGGAGGAUCACGGCCAGGGGACCCAGGAGCACAUGGAGCUGCGCCUGCUACUCGUCGGGAAGACCGGUGCAGGGAAAAGCGCAACGGGGAACACCAUCCUGGGCCGGGCGGCCUUCGAGUCACGCCUGGCGCCACAGUCGAUAACACAGACAUGUGCCCAGGAGAGCCGGCUCUGGCGGGGCCGCAGGGUGGUGGUCACCGACACCCCUGGCAUGUUUGACUCACCGGAGCACAGCGCCCGGUCCUGCUACGAGCUUGCCCGCUGCCUGCUGCUGUCGGCGCCGGGGCCGCACGUGCUGGUGCUGGUGACCCAGCUGGGCCGCUUCACGCAGGAGGAGGAGGAGGCCGCCCGGCAAGUGUGGCGGGUGCUGGGGCACAAGGCUGCGAGGCACACCAUCGUCCUCUUCACCCGCAAAGAGGACCUGAGGGGUGGCUCCCUGCAGCACUACGUGGCCAGAAGCACCACCCUGCAGGCGCUGCUGCAGGCCUGCGGGGGACGGUGCUGCGCCUUCAGCAACCGGGCGGCCGGCGCCGAGCGCGAAGCCCAGGUCGAGGAGCUGAUGGUGCUGGUGCAGCGGGUGCUGGAGGAGAACCAGAACACCCAUUACACGAGCGAGCUCUACUCCCAGGCCACGCGGCUCCUCAGCCGCAGCGACGUGGAUUUCGAAGAGAAGUGCAAGCACCUCGCGAAGCAAGUGGAGCAGCAGCUGAAGGCCAACAAGGAGACGGCGUCCCGGCGUUGCUCAGACGGUGCUGCUGCUGUUUCUCAGGGGAUCGAGGCCACAUGCGCAGGUUGCAGGAGAUCCACGUCACUGAGGCUUCCCCUCGGAGUGGGCUCAAAUUUGGCAGACACUCAGAUGAAAGGACCCAAGCUGAACAUCCUGCUCGUGGGCAAAACUGGAAGUGGGAAGAGUGCAACAGGGAACACCAUCCUUGGCAAGAGAGCAUUUGAAACUAUGGUGUCAGUUGAUUCAGUAACCAAAAGCUACAGUGCAGAGAGUGCCUCAUUCCGUGGAAGAGACAUUACCGUUAUCGACACUCCUGGCUUUUUUCACACCCAGAGAGCCAAUAAGGAAACAGCUGAACUGAUUGGAAAUGCUCUUCGUCACUUCUAUGGAGGGGUGCAUGCUAUCAUCCUGGUGAUGCAACUGGCCGAUACCAGUAAAGAAGAGGUGGAAGUGGCUGAGUGGGUGACAAAGAUUUUCCAUACUGAAGCACAGAAGUACACGAUCCUGUUAUUCACCCGAGCAGAAGAUCUUGGGAGUCCAGAUGAUAUCCGCGAUUUCGUGGAAAAAAGCACGUACCUCAGUGGGAUUGCAGAAAAAUGUGGAAAUAGGUACAUUGCUUUCAGCAACAUAGCAGCAGAGCAGAGAAGGAAACAGCAGGUUGCAGACCUCAUUAAAAUGAUUGAUGCGAUGGUAGAGAAGAACAAAGAUGCUCCGUGUUACACGCGAGAAAUGCUGGAGGAACAUACACGGACGGCUUUUGGAAAGUAUUGUACCAUACUCUAGCCAACAAGGCUUUGGUCAGACGGGCGAUGUUUCCUCUCUUGUGCCUUUCCUGCCGCGCUCUGAAGAUCACUCUCUCCUUCCUCUCCUGAUGUUUCCUCCUGUCCCGUCAGUGACCUACCUUUUCCCCUGGCCCGUGCCAUUGCUCUCCUGACAGGCUGCGAGAGUGCAAUGGGUGUCUGGCGACGUGUAAUUCUCCUCUGCUGCUCUGUUGUGCUGGGAAGCCGGAGACCUUGGCUGGGUGGCAGAGAGCUGCACUGCCCUGCUGGCAGCACCACUGCGCUGACUCUCUCCUCCCUGGUCUGAAGACACGGCAAGCUGAAAGCAAUGGGAACAUCAGGACUGUGAGAUGUGCCCCCUCAGACCAGAGAUCAGCCUGGAGUGCUGCUUCCGAGAUCAAAGCCUCUUGUCGUCCCCGUGGCAGCCAGGGCUCUAGGAACUUCUCCAGGCCUUCGGGAGGGUUCGUGGUGCCAGCCUUGGUCCCUCUGCAGUGGGAUGCUGCUGGUGUCACUGGCUGUGCUGCCCCUGCCUUCGCUGGGCAAUGCGAGUAAUUGUAUGUGAUCGCUGGGUCUACAGAAACUCAUCUAAUAAAUGCCCAUAAAUGCCCAUAAA